GCGGCGUCGGCAAGAGCGCCAUGACGAUGCAGUUCAUCAGCCACCGCUUUCCCGAGGACCACGACCCGACCAUCGGCCUGGUUUGCCUACAAUGGGCAAGACUUGCACCUCAGCGAGGUUGUAGUGCAUGAGAAGAACUGUGCAGAGCAGCACGAUUUCAGCAGCCAGCUGGGAGGACGCUGGGUCACCCCAAAGCGAUCGGGUUUCCAUUUGUUGCUGGAUGAAGGUCUGGCUGAUGUAGUGUUGCGGUGUGACCAGAUCAGGGUCUUCCUGUGUAAUGUUCUCUUUGCGUGUCGAUGACUAACGAGUAUUGCAAUGGCAUUCCCGCUUUGUUCUCCCCGAUCUGCUGUGAAUUCAGAGGAUGCUUAUAAGAUACGGAUACGCAUCGACGACGAACCUGCCAACCUGGAUAUCCUGGACACAGCGGGACAGGCAGAGUUCACGGCCAUGAGGGACCAGUACAUGAGGGCCGGUGAGGGAUUUAUCAUCUGCUACUCAAUCACAGAUCGACGCAGCUUCCACGAAGUGCGCGAGUUCAAGCAGCUGAUCUAUCGUGUUCGGCGCACCGACGACACUCCCGUGGUCCUGGUGGGGAACAAAUCCGACCUGACGCAGCUGCGGCAGGUCUCCAAAGAAGAAGGCUCCGCUUUAGCACGAGAAUUCAACUGCCCUUUCUUUGAAACCUCCGCUGCGUACCGUUACUACAUUGACGACGUGUUUCACGCGCUCGUGCGAGAAAUCCGCAGGAAAGAAAAAGAAGCGGUGAUGGCAAUGGAAAAAAAAUCCAAACCCAAAAGCAGCGUGUGGAAAAGACUGAAGUCCCCGUUCAGGAGGAAGAAGGAUUCGGUCACUUGAAGAGAAGGAGAUCCUCUGCAGGAGAAAACCUGUGAGCAGCCACUUGGAACCAAAGCGGUUUAAUGCCAACACUGCAGCAGUAGGUUUAAAGACUGAUGGGACUUCUGCGAGGGAGCGCGUCGCUCUUACCCGUAAUUUUUGUUUAAAACGGUAUUCUCUUAGUUCUGGAUGUUUAACUUGAGACGCAGUAACGAUUUGACUUCUGUUUGUCGUCAUUUUUAGACCGGAUUCGCAAUUACUGCUUGUGUGUCGGUUACAGAUGCUGGUCGGUUUGUGACACUGCACUUUUGAACGUUUGUCUCUGGUCACUGCAUACUGGAAGUUGAGUUGUUCGAAGAGGAAAAAAAUUGCUGAGCUUCUACCCAGCUUAACUUAAUCCAUUCUUUUUCCCAGUUGUUUGCACAGCGAAAUGUUGCUGCUGUCCGGAGCAGUCACUCACAUCAGCAGAGGAGGAUUUUGCCCAGGUUGUGCUGGAACGCAGUCAGCAAAGCGUACAACGUUGCAGCCCAGGCUGCGUGCGAAUGGCAACGAGGGGAGAUGAGCGCUUUGCUCUCGUGGAAAAGAAUUUUCCUAGCAAAAAGUUCAUGUGCAUUAGGGAGCAGUUACCCCGCAGUGCGGUAGCUGGGAGCCUCAGCAAGUCAGAAACAGCAAAUUAUUGUUCCUCUGGCAGCUAUAACUUGGCAGCAGCGCGUGGAUAUGUAGCGUUCUCCCUGCAUUCACCACGUUGUCGCAGUGUGGGGUGGCUUGAUGCUGUGGACGCUCUGGAAACUACAGCUUUGAACUUUCUGACUUGUUUGAAAUCGUGGCUGUGAUGGUGCAGUGGCAUAUUUAUUUACAUUCAGUUUUAUAUCGUUGUCUUAAAGGAGACAGUAUUAUUAUCGAGUAGGAGUCUCUAACGUAGUCAUUUCAGAUUAAUCUAUGAUAACUGCUUUGUAAAGAAAAUGACUGAAAGUGAAGCAUCGGGGCCCAGCCAGAACCGGACCUGAUGCUGGUGAGGUUCUUCUGGUGCUGCCUUGAAGGUGGAGCUGCUGAUGCAGCAGAAGGGAGCAGGGAGCGGGGCACUGCUGGGCGCUCCCACCCGACCUUCAGCACAACCAUCCUGCUUUGGGGAUGAUUUAACGUGCACAUUGCUUAUAGGAUUUAAAUCCAGAGCCGACGUCGCAGUCCGUAAAGCUCUCUGGAGAGAUAGAUGUCUGGGGUUAUUUUUUAAUACAGAAAAUCGUAGGUGACUCAGGUGGCUUUAAAAGGCCUUUCUCAGAGAACUGAGUGCCUCGAGUCUUUGAGUUUAAGGAUGAGAGAGCUUAGCAGGCAGCGCAGCAUUACUCAAGUGCUUCUCUCAAUCUUUGAUCCUCCGCGUCAGCAGCUGUGAAUCUUAGCGACCAAAAGAGCUUGUAGUGCCACUCAGUGUGCUGCACGUGGGCCGUCAGAACUGAAAAUGAAGUAGUUGGAACGGAUGUGUAAAAGGAUCUGGCACAAAAAGAGGAGAUAACGAAUAUACAGACCUUCAUGCUUUCUAGGCUGCUUACUGUGUAAGAUACCACUGGAACUUCCGUGCCUGGUGCUUUUAAGGGUGUUUCCUUUGUUUCAGCCCUGUUAGUCGCUCCUUGUUGGAUUAAAUGCCAUCUAAAACCGAUAGAGAAAAGCCCAGGGACAGCAGUGGGCAGAGAGCGCGAGGAGCGGCGCCGACGAAUCCGCAGCUCCAGAAGCAGCCCUGGUUCCCUUGGGUAACGAUGACUUCGCGGCUCAGGCAGCUCAGGUGCUGGGAGCUGCCCAGCACCAGUUCUCCCCAUCACCUGUCUGUACCUGUAACUGAUGUCUGUGCCUUACACGAUCCCUUCAAUGCAACGUACGUGUUUACUAAUGCCUUUUAUGAGCCUGUUGCUUCUAGAAUUACUAAAUCAGAACAGCAGCGAGCACUUUUUUUUUUUUUAAACAGUGUUAUUCAAAAAAAAAAAAAAACCAACGAAAAAAAGGUUUUAUUUUUGUCAUGUAUGAAUUUGUACACGGGAUGAUUGUUUUCAUUGACGCAAUAUAGAGUUUUUAAUACGA